CGUCCCAGGGUUCCCUGCGCGGCGGGCUGGCCCCCGUGAGCUACGAGCGCGCGGCGGAGCCGAGCUCCGCCCUCUUGGGCCUGGUCUUGGCCGUUCCCGCGGUUGGAGGUUCCCGCCAGAUCCGGGUUCGGGGAGAGUGAUGUUGCCCGGCCCGGCUCGGCUUUAGGCGGGAGGAGAGUCCUAGAGCCCUUGCAGCUUGCUGGCGGCACCGCGCCCCGGGCAGCCAUGUCCACGGGUUUCUCCUUCGGGACCGGCACGCUGGGCUCCACCACCGUGGCCGCCGGCGGGACCGGCACGGGCGGCGGUUUCUCCUUCGGGACGAGCGCGUCCAGCAAUCCCUCUGUGGGCCUCAAUUUUGGAACUCUUGGGAGCACCUCGACUCCAGCAACUACAUCUGCUUCUUCGGGUGGUUUUGGAACCGGGCUCUUUGGAUCCAAACCUGCCACUGGGUUCACUCUAGGAGGAACAAAUACAGGAAUAGCAACAACUAUAACUACUGGAUUAACUCUGGGAACGCCAGCUACUACAUCUGCAUCUACCACUGGUUUCAGUUUAGGAUUCAGUAAACCGGCAGCAUCCGCCACGCCGUUUGCUCUGCCUAUUACUUCUACCUCAGCUAGUGGUCUUACUCUUUCGUCUGCUCUGACAUCAACUCCGGCAGCAUCCACAGGAUUUACUUUAAAUAAUUUGGGUGGAGCAACAGCCACAACUACGACUGCAUCAACAGGCCUUUCUUUAGGGGGAGCCUUAGCUGGUCUGGGAGGUUCACUUUUCCAGAGUACAAACACAGCAACAUCAGGACUUGGACAGAAUGCUUUAGGCUUGACCUUGGGAACUACGGCAGCUACUUCAACUGCAGGCAACGAAGGCCUUGGUGGUAUAGAUUUUAGUAGCUCGUCAGAUAAAAAGAGUGAUAAAACAGGAACAAGACCAGAGGAUAGUAAGGCCCUGAAGGAUGAAAAUCUACCUCCUGUCAUCUGCCAGGAUGUUGAAAAUCUCCAGAAAUUUGUGAAGGAACAAAAACAAGUCCAAGAAGAAAUUAGCAGAAUGUCUUCAAAAGCAAUGCUUAAAGUACAAGAAGAUCUUAAAGCUCUGAAGCAGCUUCUGUCAUUGGCUGCCAGUGGACUACAGAGAAACACUCUCAAUAUUGACAAACUGAAAAUGGAAACUGCUCAGGAGUUAAAGAAUGCUGAAAUAGCUUUAAGAACCCAGAAAACACCACCUGGACUCCACCAUGAAAAUACAGCUCCUGCUGACUACUUUAGAAUCUUGGUUCAGCAGUUUGAGGUACAGCUUCAGCAGUACAGACAGCAGAUUGAAGAACUAGAAAACCAUCUUGCCACUCAAGCAAAUAAUUCACAUAUAACCCCUCAAGAUUUGUCAAUGGCUAUGCAGAAAAUUUAUCAAACAUUUGUAGCUUUAGCUGCACAACUUCAGUCUAUUCAUGAAAAUGUAAAGGUGCUUAAAGAACAAUACCUUGGCUACAGGAAAAUGUUCUUGGGAGAUGCUGUAGAUGUGUUUGAAGCCAGGCGAGCAGAAGCCAAGAAGUGGCAGAAUGCACCCAGAGUUACUACUGGACCCACCCCUUUCAGCAACAUGCCAAAUGCAGCAGCCGUUGCCAUGGCUGCAACACUUACACAGCAGCAACAGCCUGCUACAGGGCCACAGCCAUCUCUGGGAGUUAGUUUUGGAACGCCAUUCGGCUCAGGUAUUGGCACUGGCUUGCAAUCAAGUGGCUUAGGUUCUUCAAACCUUGGAGGAUUUGGAACUAGCUCUGGUUUUGGAUGCAGCACCACAGGGGCCUCCACAUUUGGAUUUGGAACAACAAAUAAACCCUCAGGAAGUCUUAGUGCAGGCUUUGGCAGCUCAAGUACAUCUGGGUUUAACUUCAGCAAUCCUGGCAUCACGGCAUCAGCUGGUUUGACAUUUGGGGUGUCCAAUCCUGCGUCUGCAGGUUUUGGAACAGGAGGACAACUCCUUCAGUUGAAGAAACCUCCAGCUGGAAACAAAAGAGGAAAAAGAUAAACAUAUGAGUUGAUGUGUUGAGAGAAUCCAUAGCAGCAUCGUUCGUUCUAUGAGUCUAUUUUUCUAACGUUGAUGCAGUAAUUAAAUUGCAUCCCAGGAGAUUUAUACAGUUUUGAUAUUUUCCCUACUCUGGAAUUUGGACUUUCUUCCUUGUUUGCCAUGCUAAACAUCUUUUUUCUUGUGAAUUUGAAACCUAGUUGUGUAUUUUUUGUUAUUUUGAUUUUCACUGUAAGAAAUGUUCUGAUUACAUCACUGAUUGGUAAAACCUACUAUUUAACUUAGUAUUAAUAGCAAUGUUUUUGUUGAUAAGGUUUACAUUAUGUGAAUAUAUGCACAUUUGUUCUUAUGCAGAUGGUAUGAACUCUAGGGCCUAUACUAGAAUUAGUUUGUUCCUUGAUAAAGGCCUUUUGAACUACACUGCAGGGCAUCUUGUGAAUAUAUAUGUAAAUAUAUACAAAAUAAUACACACAAUUGUGUGUGCAUAUAAAAUAUAUAUUUACAGACCUACAACUUUUGCCUCAGACUGUUUCCCUUUUCUAAGGGUAUUCCAGUUUUCACCCUUUAAGCUUCAAAUCCUCAGUGCUUGUAGAAUGAUGAGCUAGAGGUACCAGAUCAUUUCAGUUAUUUGCUUCAAGACCUAGUGAAACGGUUACUGGCAUAAAUAUUUGACCGACUCAACUUCAUUGCCCCUAGUCUUUUCCAUUUUUGUUUCCACGUUAACGUUUAGCAGCUACUCCAAAUGAGGAAUGCUGUAAGACUCGUUGAACAGAUUUUAAAAAUUUUAACCAUCCUAUAUAUCCUCAUAUUGCCUAUAUGAGAUGUUUUUCAUAUCUAAGGUGAACCUUCAGGAGCAUAUUUGACUCCAGACUGACGUUCUGGGGGCAAAGAGCUAUUAAGCCAAACUGAUUCUAUGCAGGUGAAGGAUGCACUAUUACUUUAGUGGAAACUUUUCUAGCUAUUCCAAUACAGAGUUCUUUCUUAUAGGGCUAUUGAUACUGACACCAAAUGGAGUGGCUUAUCAGCCUCUUAAUGUCUUAAGUAAGUGCUUAAUUUGGAAUAGAGAAACAAUAUAUUUUAAGUAAAAAGUAUUCUUUGUAGCAACUGUAAACGAUCCCAUUUUAACGGUGAACAGAGCUCCAGGUAACAAUACAUAGGCAUGUCAGGUGACAUCUGUGUGCUCUUUGUCUCCAUUAGUAUUAGUGAUGUGAAGUGGGUGACACAGCCCUUGGGGAGAGAACUGCCUUAGCCACGAUUUCAGACAGAAACCUUUAGGUAGACCUGUUUAUCUUUCAAGUAGUUUUCAGGUGGGAUGUGAACAUGCAAUUUCAUUGAAAAUAGUUUAAUUUUUUAUAUAGAAGGUUUUGUACAUGAUGUGCAUCAAGUGACUAUUUUCAGAAUCAUUUUCACCAAGGCACCUUUUUUUCUAAAAUAGGUAUUGCAUAUAUAUAUAUAUAUAUAUACACACACACACACACAUACACACACACACACACACGCACACACACACACACACACAUAUUUUUAGUAUAAUGUUAGUUGGGUUAGAGUAUAAAAGUGUUGUCAAAUCUGUUUUAUUUAUCCGCAUAUAGCAAUGAUUGGCUUUUUGGAAUUGAAAUUUUUGCACCUUGAUGCAUUAAAAUAAGGAAAAUGCUUUGUUUCUGAGCACUAAAGUUGUUUUUAUUUUUGCGUACUUCUCUAAUACUCUAAUCCCCAGAUCCAGAUUUUGGGGAAGGGUAGGAAAAUGUGUGAUUUUUGUGUUUUGAAUUACUGUCAGAAUUAAAUACACAAUUACAACAAACUUUUUAUUAAAAGGACAUUGCAUUGUGCUGCGAAAAUCUGAAUAUUUAUAUUUCUUGGUUUUUUUUCUUUAUAUAUUUUACUUUUUAAUAUGUUGUACCACUGGAAAUUUGUAACAGAUCAAUUUGUGAUAGGAGUUUAAAUGUGUUGUUGUCAUUGUCUCCAUUGUCCUCACUUUGUCCAGAGCCUAUCAUUAUGUAAACAAUAAAGGUUAUUGUGUCAGUUGCUUUGAAUCUU